AUGGAGGAGUGGAAGCUCGACAGGAAGAACAUCCGCGCGGGCAGCUUCAAGUGGCAUGCGGACGAGUACUAUGCGCGAGGGGACAACAAGCCAAAGCACAUGUACUCUCCGGAUUGGCUCGACGUCGAGAUGAAAACUCACCAUGAGAAAGCCCGUGGAGGGACGGCCACAAUCAAGGUCAAUCCUCUUGAAGGUCCAUCUUCUCCCAAGCCGAGCUACGGAUUCUUCGAGCCCGAUGCGUCCUUGCGGCCGAAGUCUCCGAUCGCCAUGGAUUUGGGAUGGCAAACAUUGUCUGGGACGCAGCCCUUGGCCAACACACUGAACAAGAGGAGGCCCGCGUCCGCAAUGACGCUGACAUCUGGCCAGGCAGAGAACAUCCCGCAUGGGGAACAUGUCAGUGUGAUGGCAGCGGACGUUCGGAGCAGGACUUCGACCGUCUGUGUGGCCUGGGACGCUCUCCUUCGCAUCCGCUGCAUGACCGCCGACCUGCUCUGCAUCGCGCACGGCAUUUCCACAUGCUGCUUAGGCAUGGCCGCGGCAGGCGUUCAGCUACCGCAGACUUUGCAGGGCGAGGCGCAGAUGCAGCAGCUGGACACGGAGAUCGGCCGCCUCAGCCAGGAGUGGCGGCAGCAGCGUGACUCCUUCCGUGCUCGCACCUCCAUGGUCUCGCCGGAUGAGCAGCUGGUAGCUGCCGCUGCAAAUGGGCGAAUCCAGGAGUGCCGCCAGCUACUCCAGCGAGGUGCGGCUGGCCCUGAAGCGACGUCGAAGGUGGGCCAGUCAGCUCUGAUGGCGGCAGCGCGGGCUGGAAGCGCAGAGGCCGUCUCGCUCUUGCUGGCCGCCCGUGCAGAUCCCAGUUCCGCUCGCGGCGAGCGCCGAACCACGGCGCUGCAUUCUGCGACGGAGCUCGGCCAUGGGAAGAUCUGCCUUGCUCUCCUUUCUGCCCGGGCGGACCCGGAACAGGCAGACGCCCGCGGGACGACACCAGCUUUGAUGGCUUCCGACAAGGAGGCCCUGUGGCCGCUGUUUGCAGCAGUCGGCUGCGAACGGGCUCCGCCUCAGUCUUCGCUGAGUUCAACAACUUCUCCGGAGCUGUUGGGGGGGGGGGGGUGUAGUGGAUUGCUUUUGCAGUCGGCAGAACAUCAUGCAGGCGCAUUGGUUUGA